UUGAACCCAGGACCUCCCAUCUCUGGAUCUGACUCUCAAUCCACUGAGCCACCCAGCUGCCCCCUGAACACAAGUCUUCUUAGCUGCAAGGCCAACUCUCUAUCUACUCUAUCAGGUAGCUUCUCAGAGACAAUCAUAGCUACUUUUAAGCCCUUCAAACUUGCCAUCCAUAAUUUUUGGCUUUGCAGAAUAACUUGAACUCUGCUAUAUCAUGUAGGGGUGGGGGAAAAGGUUUGAAAUUUCAGCUGGUGCCAGACUUCCUGGAGUUCCAUCAUGUUCCCAAAAUAGCCAUGUUCCAGCAGCUUUCACCUGAUACUGCCGCUGAGGCAAGGAGGGAAGAGGAUGGAUCAGGCCUUUCUAACGGAGCCAAGAAGCUCCUGGAGCAAUUGGAACUGGUCACCCUUCAGACCCUCUCAGGUUUCUUCCGGGACCCAGUCUGGACUGGCUCCAGAGCCACAAUGGCUACCCCCCAGGCCCUCCUGUCCUGCCUGGGUACCUUGCUGCUACUCCUCCCCAGGAAUCAAGCCCAGGUCCAUGCCCCACCUGGAUGCAGCCCGGACCUCAACCCCCUCUACUACAAUCUGUGUGACCGCUCAGGGGCUUGGGGCAUUGUCCUGGAGGCUUUGGCAGGGGCUGGGGUUAUCUCCACCUUUGUCCUCACCAUCAUCCUGGUGGCCAGCCUUCCCUUUGUGCAGGACAGCAAGAAACGGAGCCUGCUAGGGACCCAGGUGUUCUUCCUGCUGGGGACUCUGGGCCUCUUCUGCCUCGUGUUUGCUUGUGUGGUCAAGCCUGAUUUCUCCACUUGUGCCUCAAGGCGUUUUCUCUUUGGUGUCCUUUUUGGCAUCUGUUUCUCCUGUCUUGGUGCCCACGUCUUUGCCCUCAACUUCCUGGCUCGGAAGAACCAGGGCCCUCGGGGCUGGGUGAUCUUUGCUGUGGCUCUGUUGCUGGCCCUGGUGGAGGUUAUCAUCAACACAGAGUGGCUGAUCAUCACGCUGGUCAGGGGUGGGCAUGGAGGGGGAGGCGGUCUCCAUGGCAACAGCAGUACCAGCUGGGGUGAGGCAUCCCCCUGUGCCAUUGCCAAUAUGGACUUCGUCAUGGCCCUCAUAUAUGUUAUGCUCCUGCUGUUGACUGCUUUUGUCGGGGCUUGGCCCAUCCUAUGUGGCCGCUUCAAGCGUUGGCGGAAACACGGGGUCUUUGUGCUGCUGACCACGGCCACUUCCAUUGCUAUCUGGGUGGUAUGGAUUGUUAUGUACACCUAUGGCAAUGAACAGCGGAACAGCCCUACCUGGGAUGACCCCACCUUGGCCAUAGCCUUGGCUGCCAAUGCCUGGGCUUUUGUUCUCUUCUAUAUAAUCCCAGAAGUCUCCCAGGUGACCAAGGCCAGUCCCGAACAGAGCUACCAGGGGGAUAUCUAUCCCACCCGGGGUGUGGGCUAUGAAACCAUUCUGAAGGAGAAGGGACAGAGCAUGUUUGUGGAAAACAAGGCUUUCUCAAUGGAUGAGCCAUCUUCAGCCAAGAGACCUGUAUCACCGUACAGCGGGUACAAUGGCCAACUGCUGACAAGUGUGUACCAGCCAACCGAGAUGGCCCUGAUGCACAAAGGCCUGGCUGAAGGGCCCUAUGAUGUCAUCCUCCCACGGGCCACUGCCAACAGCAGCCAGGUGAUGGGAAGUGCCAACUCGACCCUUCGGGCUGAAGACGUGUAUGCCACCCAGAGCCACCAGGCAGCAUCACAGAAGGAUGGCAAGAAUGCGCAGGCUGUGCAGAACCCAACACCUUUCCAGGCCUUGUAAGGCAAACUAGGAGUGACCCCGGAUUCAGCAGAUCUGAAGCAGUGGACUUAGGAGGGCGUGAUGGAUGUCUGAUCUGGGAAAAAGCAGGACUCACUUCCCCAUAUCCCUUUUUUACCUGUCCCUGGGCUUCUCUGUCUGUCAGGGAGCUACAGGCCAUAAGGAUCAGUCCCAACCCCCUACUCCCCAAAGACACAAUCCCUUCUGGAGCUACUCCUAGCUCGUCAAAAUGAAGGAAGAAUCCCUGUGGUUGCCUUUCCUCUAGGUUACCUUUGCCACUGUGAGCUGACAUCUCAGGUGCCUCUUUCUUCUUUGGCCCACAUCACAGGACCUUACUGAUGUAGCCAUGCCCUUUGCUGCCCACUCCAACCCUCUCUCCUUCAACAGACCCUCUUUCUUACAGUCCUUUUCUCUGGAAGGGUCAGGCUCCUGGAAUUGUCUUGAGAUGGAGGUGACCCUGCAGGUAGGUAGUUUAAGCCCUGCUCCCCUGGGUUUGCCACCCAGGAGGGUGAAUGGUUGCCAUUUGAAUGGAAGGAAGCAAAGGGCCAGGGGUGAAAGGCUUCCUGGGCAGGAAGCGGGCCUCUUGGCUUACAUCCUUCUGGAGAAGUGACAUUUUUUUCUGCUGUAAGUGAUGCUCCUUGGGCCAUGGUUCCUGGAUCUGAGCCAUUUCAGUACGGCAUUCACUCCCCCCCACCUACAUUCUUUGCCACUAGUUUUCUGGAUCAGAUUCACACCCCUGGGCCAUGAGGCCUUUAGUGCUCUCUGGCCUCCUCACAACUUCAUCAGAGGGGAUGCUGACUACACAGACUGUCCUACUUGGAAGCUCGACACCUUGCCUCCCUAGCCCCUCUGCCUCUUCCUGGAAAACUUGGCCAAGAAGGAUAGGGAAUUUGCAGGGCUUGGCUGCCUUGAAUGAUGCAGAGAUGCUGUUGGAUGCCCAUUGGCUUUCUUUUCUGUGAAGUUUUUUCCCUUAUAUCCUCUUUUACUUUGUCCUGGAAUCCUGGUCAGUGUAAAUGGCCAAGACUCCCAACUGGAACACAGGAAGCAGCAGGAUUAAUUGGACAUCCCUGGACUAAGACUGGAAGAGGGUCCUUAAGAGACACACAGAUGGGAGAAGGAGCGAUGUGUUCUCUCUGGACCAGAAUGGGAUAGGGACCAGAACUCGGGUGUAGGGCAUUUGAAAAUGGAUUCUUUGUACUUAUACGGUCUGGAAUAUACUUUUACUUCCUACUAGUCAGAUAUCAAAGGUCCCUGCCCCCUCCAACUUGCCCUUAUGUUGUGUGUCCACUGGGGGAAUCGGGACUUAGUUACUUUGAAAUACAAGUUCCCACCCAGAGAAGGGAGUCAGGUCAAGGGGCUUACUGUCAUAUGGUCACCUAGGAAAUAGUACAAUCCACCCAAAGAUACAAAAGCAAAGGUUUCCCUGUGAAACCAAAAGGGGUUUAUACCCUUAGCAUCCCCACUCCAACCGAGCCUCACCUGCCCACAGUAGGGCUUAGCUAUGGGUGCUAGCAGGUACAGAGUUACUCCCACAUUAUGCUCUUUUGCCUCUAGCACCCAAGUACUUUUCUCGGUAAACAGUAUUCUUCUGGGGCUAAGCUUAAUGAACUUAAUAGUAUGGGGGACAAGGGGUCAAGGAGGUGAGGGAAGGGUGGAUAGACCAAGAACACAAGAGGAAGCCCGUGAUUUGGAUCUGGACCUGCUGGACGAGACCUGCUGUGCCUUCAUCCUCUGUUUUACCUGUAACCUGGGUUAUAUAUAGGUAGACCCAAGUAUUACUUCCUCUCUGUGGGAAGGGUUGGGUUUGGGAUUGAAAGGCUUCCUUGUUCAGCCCCAAGUUUCUUCGACUUUAGUUAGUGGCCCAAAGAUCCCUUUGAGUGAAUAAAGUUUUAAUAUGUUUUGUAUAA